GUCCCAUAAUGCACUGCGCGGAGGCGGUCGGUGCUAACAGGGGCGUGUUGGUGGCUGCCGGUGGCAGCGUGUUAGUGUUUGUGUGCGGUAAGCAGGAGCUGAAAGGACAAGAGAAGAGAUCGAAUCUUGAAUAGCCAUGUCUGUGCAGAUCGCCCCCGUCAAAAUGGCAGAUAUGGAACUAAGAGAUGUGAAGAGUGAGAAGCCACCCGAGAGCCUUUCUCUCGCAGCUGUUCCAGAAGUCCCGGCCAUCCUAGUUGCCGUGUCACCUACAGAGCCGGAGAUCAGUCCGAUCCCAGCGCUGAGCCUUCCGAUGAAAGGAGCACCGGCUUCCGCCAUGAAAAGAACUGACCCGACGCUGCGGCCAAAGGACGGCGGCGAUGAAGCAGGUAGCCCAGAAGGAGCGGUCAGCGAGGCCCCGCGCACCGUCAAAAAGCAGAUCCAGUUUGCAGACCAGAAGCGAGAGUUUAACAAGCGCCCAACGAAAAUUGGUCGCCGAUCCUUAUCUCGUUCCAUUUCCCAGUCUUCAACUGAUAGUUAUAGUUCAGCUGCUUCCUACACAGAUAGCUCGGAUGAUGAGACCUCCCCGAGGGACAAGCAACAGAAAAACUCAAAGGGUAGCAGUGACUUCUGCGUGAAGAACAUAAAGCAGGCAGAGUUUGGACGUCGGGAGAUAGAAAUUGCUGAGCAAGAGAUGCCUGCUCUUAUGGCUCUGCGGAAGAGAGCACAGGGCGAAAAACCUUUGGCGGGUGCAAAGAUUGUGGGUUGUACCCAUAUUACAGCACAGACUGCAGUUCUGAUUGAAACUUUGGGUGCCUUAGGUGCUCAGUGUCGAUGGGCUGCCUGCAACAUUUAUUCUACACUCAAUGAAGUGGCAGCAGCUUUGGCUGAAAAUGGGGUCGCUGUUUUCUCCUGGAAGGGGGAGUCUGAAGAUGAUUUCUGGUGGUGCAUUGACCGCUGUGUGAAUGUGGAAGGUUGGCAGCCCAAUAUGAUUCUAGAUGAUGGUGGUGAUCUCACUCACUGGAUUUACAAGAAGUAUCCUAAUAUGUUCAAAAAAAUUAAAGGAAUUGUAGAGGAAAGCGUUACUGGUGUACAUCGCCUAUACCAGUUAUCAAAAGCUGGAAAAUUAUGUGUUCCUGCAAUGAACGUCAAUGAUUCUGUCACAAAGCAAAAAUUUGACAACCUCUACUGCUGCAGGGAAUCCAUCCUAGAUGGACUUAAGCGGACAACAGAUAUGAUGUUUGGUGGAAAGCAGGUUGUGGUGUGUGGAUAUGGAGAGGUGGGUAAGGGGUGCUGUGCUGCUCUUAAGGCAAUGGGAUCAAUUGUGUAUGUGACAGAAAUUGACCCAAUCUGUGCCCUGCAAGCAUGCAUGGAUGGCUUUCGUCUUGUCAAACUGAACGAAGUAAUCAGACAAGUAGAUAUAGUCAUCACAUGCACAGGCAACAAGAAUGUGGUGACAAGAGAACAUUUGGACCGCAUGAAGAAUGGAUGCAUCGUCUGCAACAUGGGGCAUUCCAAUACAGAGAUUGAUGUAGCUAGCCUUCGCACUCCUGAACUGACUUGGGAGCGUGUUCGAUCUCAAGUAGAUCAUGUGAUCUGGCCCGAUGGCAAAAGGAUGGUUCUCUUGGCAGAGGGUCGUCUGCUAAACCUGAGCUGUUCAACAGUCCCAACAUUUGUGCUGUCCAUCACUGCAACUACACAGGCACUGGCUUUAAUUGAACUCUACAAUGCUCCUGAAGGACGUUACAAGCAAGAUGUGUACUUGCUUCCCAAGAAAAUGGAUGAGUAUGUUGCCAGCCUUCAUCUACCCACCUUUGAUGCCCACCUAACAGAGCUUUCAGAUGAGCAGGCCAAAUACCUUGGGCUCAACAAGAAUGGCCCUUUCAAACCAAAUUAUUACAGGUAUUAAUUGCAGAUGGCCACCAUAACAAGAAGAAGUAGAAAGACUUGGAAAUGCCUGGAAUAAAAAAAAAAAAAAACACAAAGGAAAGAAAUGCCUCUCUCAGAAACUGCUGUACAACUUCUCAAGCAAAACUGGAUUUUCUGCCAUAUUAUCUAAUUUUGCAUUAAGAUAUUUAUUGAACAGAAGAUGUGUAGUAUAUGGUAUUUGUUGCCUCUUUUAGUCAUGUGACCCUGCCACAGAGAGAGACCAAGGUUCAUAUAAUGUACCAAUAGGCUUCUUAGUUUCUGCUCACUGCUCAUCCCAUCAUUAAAUGGGAAGGGAAACCAGUUAACUAGUGUGAAUCAUGGGUUUCAAGUUGAAUUGAUAUAUUGCUUUAAUAUUCACUUUUAUUAUUUUAUUCUUUUAAAUGUUUGGUUUUUCCAAAGACAGAACAGUGUGGACCUUUUCAAGCAAGCCGUCUAGUGAUCUAAAUCUAUUUUAUUGUGGUUUUAAUUGUAGUUCAGCAUUUUUAUGGGAUAUUCCCUUUGUCUCUUAUUCUGGAUAACAAACUCUAAGCCUGCACCUGUUAUGCUGCUGUAUUAGUUACUUAUCCUUGUUUUGACACUAAGGAAUCCUUCUUUAAAACUGUUCUAGUGGUUUGCAGUAGUUAGUAAGCACUCAAUCAAAUUGAUUAAGCUUGUAAGUUUCCACCUGAUGAUAAAUGAGUAACUCAUUUAGUGCCAUGCAACAAAAAAUAAGCAGUGUUUAUGAUAACCUGUAAUAUACUGCUUUGCUCAGGUAGCCUGAAAUAAGGCAUCCAAAUUUAUAUCAGCCAUUAGAGGCUGUUAACAAGGUCUUAUUGAUCUUUAUACUUCACAUGAUCAGCUGAGCUUUUGCUUAGUACUGGCCUGGCAAUGUUACUGGCCAGUAUUAUACAUUUUAGUGCCCAUCACAGUGACACGAUUUUUCUGUCAAAUGAGCCAUAUUGUGUUCCCUCGUAUUUUAAGGACCCCAAAAAAAGAGCACCUUGCUGUAUAAUAUCUACCCCUGCCUGUGUUUCUAUAAGAAAUUCAUUAAAUGUAUCUAAUGCCUAGAAGUGGUAGGUAAAGAUGUUCUGUUUUGUGCUCCUGUUACUGUGAGACUAUUUGUGCUGUGUAAGGCAUACAUUCCUUACAUGUAAUGCAAAUGCUUGUAUAAAAAUGCAUAUGGGAGGGUAAUAUAAAAGACCGUAUAUACCUGUGGUAUGUGCCCUCUAUUAAAGGAGAGGUAUAGCCUCCCCAGUACUAAUCUGGGGAAACAUUGCAGCCUUUUACAGUUAUAAUUUUCAUUAGACUUCCUUUUUUUUUUUUUUUAACCUCUUAGUACACUAUGUUUGAUAAUUCUCUCCAUGUAAGAAAUCUGAAAGCAUUUUUUAGAAACCAUACAGGAAUAGCCUGUGCCUAAUAACAUUAACUACUAAUCGGCCAUAUAUGGCGGGUUUAUAUUCUUACCUGCAAUCUUCCUCAGGUCCCUACAGUCUUGCUGCAGUUCUCUACACACAAAGUGUAAAAGCUGCUUGCAGUCUUCCUUUUUUUGGGUAAACACUUAAUGACAUGGACACCCAUCCAACAGAUGAUUGGUGAAUGAUUCCAUGUUGAUCUGUCAGGGUUGAAAUUUUUAGCAUACUAUUACAUCUGUCUAUACACUGCCAUUCAAUCAAUGAACAUGAAACCAUUGUGCAGGAAGUGACUUAUUUUCAUAGAUGGAAAUUAAUCUCAUCUGCAGUCUCUUCAUCUUUUUAAGUAGGUGUAUAGUUAGGUGCUAGUUCAGAAUUCAGUUAUACAGAGAUUUUUUUACUUACCAAUAAAUCUUUCUCGUCUUCUACACUGGGGGACACAGGCACCAUGAGGAUGUAGAUCCUGCAGCUGGAGAAGGGACGCUAUAAAGUUAAAGUUGACCCCUGAGCUUAAAUAUUGCCCUGAGCUGGAGGAGGAGUCAAUUGUAACCUUUUAGUGUCCUUUCUCUAGCUGCAGGAUCUACAUCCCAAUGGUGCCUGUGUCCCCCAGUCUAGGGAAGAGAAAAGAACAUUUGCCUUUAGAAUAAUAAAAUCUCAUGGUAUGUAGUCAUCUUUAGAGAAUUAUCAAGGCAAAUCUGAAUCUUGAAAUCCAACAUGAAACCCAAGUUGCUGCUCUUAGAGAGUACCUCAUUUCUACCAGCUACCAGCCACUGCAGUGGUAUUACCAUACCGUGAUUUUAUUUCCAGUCACUGUAUGAUGGUUAUUCUUUAAAUUAGCCAAUCAAAAACAUUUGGUUUUUUUUUCUUAUUUUUUUGAAUGUGUUGUUUUUAAACCAUCUGCCUUAUGUGUGUAAAACAUCUUUCAUUCUGCUAUGAUCACAUAUAUUCAAGACAUGCUUGUUUUUACUGUGAUUUUAUGCUUUUAAUAGCCAUAUGCAGCCUCUCUCUCUGCACCAAUUGUACUUCGAGCUUAGGAAACCAUUCAUCCUUCUUGCCUCACAUUCCCAUUUAAAGCUGUGAAUUAAUUAUGUCUGUGUAUUAGUUAUGCCAAACAAUACAGGCUGCUACUGGGUAUUUGUUUAAAGAGAUUUUAAAAUUUUUAGUAACCACUGUAUUUAUUUCCCAAUUAUUUUUUUUAAAAAUUUUGAGCUCUUUACCAGGGGCACCCUGCUGUAAAAAUGCCUUCAUGUGUUGCUGCAUUUAUGACAUGAAUUGCAGAGCUUUGCUGGACUGAUCUGUGAUUGCCACAUGCCUUUUGUCACUUUCAGUAGGCUGCCUAGCUAGAUUUGUGUGAUCAGCUAUCUAGGAGGUGACUGGCAUGAAAAUAGUGGUCACUGAGCCUGCUGCAGGGCUUUAUUUUCUUGUCCUUUGUACAGUACCACAGUAAGCUGAUGGGGUUUGGGGCAGUGGCUGGGGGAUAGCAUUAAAAAGGGGAUUUUGUCAUGGGAAAACUUUAUUUUUAAUUUUUUUCAAAAAGGCAUCCGGUAAUAGAUCAUGCAUUGAAAUCCAUUUUUCAAAAGAGCAAACAGACUUUUUUUAUAUUAAAUUUUGAAAUUUGACAUAGGUCUCGACUUUUUCCCAGAUGUCCUCAGCCAUGUGACUUGUGCUCUUCAAAACUUCAGUCACUCUUUACUGCUGCACUGCAAUCUGGGGUGAUAUCACCCCUACCUUUCCACCCCAGCAGCCUAUGAACAAAACAAUGGCCUCUGACACCUACAUUGCUAAAAUGCUCCAUAUGCCCCACGUAGUGGUAGAUGUGAUAAUUGAUUAUUAGAAAAAAUAGCCUGUCUGAAAGCAGUUCCAUUCUCAAUUGGUGUCUCGCUAUGAAAGCACAUAAACAUGCAAAAUGACCUGAGAUGGCUGUCUACACACCAAUAUUACAACAACAAAAUUAUAUUUCCUGGCUCAAGAAUAAAGUUUUUAAUGGUAGAAUUACUUACACUGUGCAAUUUAGUAAUUAAAACUAUACCAUACAAAUCAUGACCGAUUCACUUUAAGAAAAAUAAAUGUGAGGGUUUCAAUAAAAAGCACACUUUUUCAGGUAAUUAUGAUGCCUAACCUAAAGGUUUGCUUUAUUGCUAAUCAUCCUGGCACCCAGUCCCCUAUCCCAAAUGUAAGCAUUAUCUACAAAACUAAUGUAAAACCUAUUAUAUUUAAAUAUUAUGCUGCUGCUAUUACAUUGUCAUGGUUACUGUGAAUACAUAAAAAUACUGUACAUUGCCUGACAGAACAGUGAGCACCUGUUUACACUAAAACAUUUGCAAUAUUAUGCUAUGAUUUUUCUAGUAGUGGCUAAAUGGUUGGUUUGCCCUUUAUUUAGUUUGUAAUAUGCUGUAGAUAGUGAUUUUAUGAAACAAUUAGCAAAUGGUCUUAACUUUUUGUUUUUUAAAAUGAUUUAGCUAUCUGGUUGCUGGUAUCUGACAACCAGGCAGUAGUUUGCAAGAAAAGCCAGGAAGAUAAGCAAGAGAGCGCCUGAAUAGAGAAAAAUAUAUAUAAGUAAUAAAACAUUACCAUGACAAUAAAAGUGACAGGAUAAAGGCUAAUCGUGACACUAUAUUAAAAUCUGAUGACAAAUUGACAUGAUGCUUAGAAUAGAUCAUUCUGUAACAAAUAUACUAGUUAACGUAAUGGUAAACUAACCCUUUAAAAUUUACAGCCACUCAAUUCUACUGUACCCUGUGGCAGAAAUAGAACCAACGCUUUUAUUUCUUCACCUCUAGAUAAUGGUUCUUUCCCAUUGUUAAAUAUUUCACAAUGCAAGCUGGGACAGGUGUACUAAAAUGUAAUGAUCAGUAAAUGCAAAUAUGUAAGGGAGUAGUAUAGAGGAGACUACUGCAGACUUGUUAUAUACAUGUGUGUUUUUCUGAUCUUUACAUUUCUUUUGCAUAGAAAACCUUUUAUUACUGGAACUAGACUGCACUUCAUUUUAAAUUAUCUUUUGGGUAGCUGUUAUGUAUUCGAUACUUUGUGUGUAUUUUUAAGGCUUUCUUUUACAGUCAAGCAGCAGAUGUGUGAUACAAGGCAAACUGUGCUAAUGAAAAUAAUUUGGGCAUUGAUAAUUAAUCACACAUGCUAUUGGGAAAGGUUUUAGUGCAUUUUUCUUUGCACAGACAGCAGAGUUUAGCAUACAUUUGUGUCUAUCUUCCUCACUGGCUGAAUGGAUAUGCAGUGUUCAGAAAUUUGAAUUCUCUAAAAGGAUCUUUUAAAUUUUUAACAUGAGUAAUUGUAUUAGAUCAGCAAUAAGGAAUCUGUAAUCACAAAAACAUAAAUAAAAUGAUGUAUAAAUCA